AUGAAAAAAACAGCUUUAUGGAAAAAACAAUCCAAAAGCCCUGGACUUCCAAACUCUGGACAAUUAAUGGAAUUUGAAGAAUUUGAUGAAGAAGAUAUUUGGGUUGAUUGUUUGUCAACACUUAAUAGUGAUAUUACAAGUGGAGUUAUUUCAUAUUUAUUACGACAAUCAUUAACAGAAGAAGAAAGAGAAAAGAAUUCACAAAUGAUUUUAGGAUUCUUUAAACAAAUUGAUAAAUUACCUGAAUUUAUAAAUUUCUGUAUUGAAAGGGAUUAUUUUAUAAAAUUAGAUGCUCCGACAAUUUAUUCUCCAUUUACUUCAAUAAUUGUUUCAAUUGUGAAUAUUUGUGAUCAGGAAUUAUUUUUAGAACUUCAACAAGCAUUAAUUAAAAAAUGUGGAAAAUUAAAAGGAAUAGAAUUAGAUGAGGAAAAGAAAAGUUCCUCUGAAAAAACAUUGAAAAAAUUAAAAGAAUUAUUGGUAUAUUUUGUUGAAAGUUGGAUGAAUUAUAAAAAUUUUUCUCCACUUGUUAUUGAUAUUUGGUCACAAACACAAGAAUUAUUAAUAAUUAAAGGUGUUGAUCAAAUUACAAUUGAUAAAACAAUGACACGUAUUAUUUUCUUAUCUCCUUUUAAUUCAUUUGUUUCUUGUUGGAAGUCACAAGUUGAAACAGUUGAUGCAGUUAUUUUAUUGUCUAAAUUAUUACAGUCAUUAUUAUCACCAAUACCAACACAAUCAUAUUGGAAAAAUUGGAUGAAAGAUAAUUGUAAAGAUUUAUUAGAAAAAAUGACUAAGUUUAUGAGAAGUAAAAAAGGAAUUACUAUUCAAAGAAGAAAUUUUGAUUUAAAUGUAAUACCAAAUGGUUCAUUAUUAAUUGAAUCAUUAAAUAAAGAUUGGCAAGAAUUAAAAGAUUAUAUUAGUCCUGAAGGAUUUCAUUUAGUUGAAAUUCAUAUGAAAGAACAAACAGAAUUAAAAGUAAAAGCAUUAUUAAUUAUUAGAGAAUUAAAUAAUUUACGAGUAACUACGUUUAAUGAAAAUCAAAUGUAUCUUCAAAAAAUGUCACAAAUGAAAAUGAGAAUAAAAGACUUAUAUGAAGAAAGAAGAUAUUUAAAACAAUUACUUGGAGAAGAUGAUGAUGAUGAGAAACAAUGA